AUGUCUGCAGCGGUAGCAGCACCAACACCAGCACCAGCAAAAGCCAAUGGCAGGAACGCCCACGCGCGCGCCGUCCUCGGCCCUGAGCUUUCUGAGCGGCUGCCCGCGACGAAGGUCCUGCUCGUAGGGGCGGGGGGGAUUGGCUGUGAACUCUUGAAGAACCUCGUACUGACCGGCUUCGGCCACAUCACCCUGCUCGACCUCGACACCAUCGACCUCUCCAACCUCAACCGCCAGUUCCUCUUCCGCAAAAAGGACGUCAAGAAGAGUAAAGCUUUGACCGCCGCGCAGACCGCGGGCCCGUUCAACCCCUCCGUGCGCAUCCACCCGAUCCACGGGAACAUCAAGGACGCGCAGUUCGACAUGGACUGGUUCGCCUCCUUCGACAUCGUGCUCAACGCGCUCGACAACCUCGACGCGCGGCGACACGUGAACAAGAUGUGCAUGGCGACGGGCGUGCCGCUCGUCGAGAGCGGGACCGCGGGGUACCUCGGGCAGGUGCAGCCGCUGCUCAAGGACCGCACGGAGUGUUUUGAUUGCAUACCGAAGCCGACGCCGAAGACGUUCCCCGUGUGCACGAUCCGCUCGACGCCGUCGCAGCCGAUCCACUGCAUCGUGUGGGCGAAGAGCUAUCUGCUUGGGCAGCUGUUCGGCGAGGACGAAGACGCGGGCGGGGAGCUCGACGAGGCGGAGAAGCAAGGCGAGAACGCGCAGGAAAUCGCGACGCUCCGGAGAGAAGCACAGGCGUUCAGAGCCGUGCGCGGCGCCCUGCGCGCGCGGGCCGAGUCCGCGCACGCGGCGAAGAUGGCGUUCGAGAAGGUGUUCGGCGCGGAUAUCAGGAACCUGCUGUCGAUGGCGGACAUGUGGCGCGCGCGCGAGCCGCCGGUGCCGCUCGAGUUUGAGGCGAUUAGGGAGGGGGGGUUCGUGCUGCGCGGGGUGCCCGCUGCGUCGGCGCCGGCGGAUGGCGCGCGGCCGUCGAGGGAGCCUGCUGCGAAUGGCGCGUCGGCGAAUGGGCAUGCCAGCCAGGCGGGGCUGAAGGACCAGCGCGCGCUGACGUUGCAGGAGAACCUGGCGCUGUUCGUCUCCAGUACGGAGCGCCUGGCGGCGCGGCUGCGCGCGGGGGAGGAGACGAUCGCGUUCGACAAGGAUGACGAUGAUACGCUGGACUUCGUGACGGCUGCUGCGAACCUGCGCGCGGCGGCGUAUAACAUCCCGGGGAAGAGCCGGUGGGAGGUCAAGGAGAUGGCGGGGAACAUCAUACCCGCGAUCGCCACCACCAACGCGGUCGUCGCGGGCUUAAUCGUGCUGCAGGCGCUGCAGUUGUUGAAGAAGGCGUAUAACCGCCUGCGGAAUGUGCAUCUGCAGUUCAAGCCGAACAUGCCGAUCAGCACGGUGAUGAUCAGCCCGCCCAACGCGGGGUGCGGGGUCUGUCGCAGCGUGUACACGCGCGUGCAGUGCGAUACCGCGAGGGUGACGCUCGGGGAGGUGGUGGGCGGGAUCCUCGGGGCGGGCGAGGGGGAGGGGGCGGGCAGGGAGGUGAGCGUGUAUGAGGAUAAGCGCGUGCUGAGCGAUCCGGAGUGGGGGGAUAAUGAUGGGCGGACGCUGGAGAGCCUGGGCGUGACCCGGGGCAAGUUCCUCGCCAUUGUGGAUGAGGAGGGGGAGUAUGCGACGGUGGAAGUGGGGAUUUGUAAUUUGCCGCCCAACCAUACGGGCGGCCCGCUCAUACUCCCGUCGCCGCUGCCCGCGCCCCCGCGGAAGGUGAAGGUGGCCGCGCCGCCGCCGUCGACGCCGCCGCCGAAGAAGCGGCCCGCGCCGGUGGACGACGACGUCGUGGAGAUGGAGCCCGCUGCGAAGCGCGCGAAGACGAACGGGAACGGCGCAGCGGACACCAAGCUCAAUCCGAAUUUGUACACGCCGAGCAAGAAGAGGCGGCUGGACGAGGACGGGCUGGUGAUGCUGGAUUCGGCGAAUGAGAAGGUGGAGGAUGAUGAUGUGAUUGAGAUUGAUUGAUUGAGAUUGAGUGUUUUGACUUUUUUUCUUACUUUGUGGUGCUGUCGAUCGUUCUAAUUUAUGAUGAGCUUAUGUUGCAAGUUAAUACAUGUUUAGAAUGCU